CCCACGCCCAUGAGGCGGUGACGGUGAUGUCACAGUGGGUGUCAUGGAGCGGCCAUUGUGACACGUGAAGCUUGGAGCAGAGCAAGGGCUGCCGGGCUCAGGAGGAGCGUCAGUGCGGCCUGGUGAGGCGUGGAGAGAGGAGGGACUCUCGCAGUGCUCACCGUCGACGCAAAUGAUGUAUGCUAGGAAGAGGAAGCUCUCCGACUCGCAAGAGCCAGUGUGCGUGCUGUGUGGCCGGGCAGAUGUCAACCCGGACACCUUCGGGCGCAUAUUUGACCAGAUUUGGUUUUGGGUCCAUGAGUUCUGCUUGAUUUUUGCCAACAUCUCCUUUGACGAAAGACCGACAGAGGAGGGAACUGUGGGCCUUGACCUUUCAGUCCUCGCACAUACGGUCAAGCGGGCAAACCAGAAGCAAUGCUGUGUCUGUGGAGAGAGGGGCGCUGCCAUCACCUGUGCUGAGAGCGGAUGUGCACGUAGCUUCCAUCUGCCGUGUGCCAAGGACGGGCAAUGCAUCACCCAGUUCUUUGGAGAGCACAGGUCCUUCUGCUUUGAGCACCGCCUUCGACAGACAGCAGUGACAGCUCCAGCAAAAGGCACGACCUGCGCCAUCUGCCAGGGGGCCGUGGGGAACAUCGCAUCCUACCACACCCUGGCGUGCCCGGUUUGCAAACAUGCCUGGUUCCACCGGGGCUGCAUCCAGCAACAGGCACUGAAUGAUGGCAUGGCGUGCUUCCGCUGCCCUGUCUGUCAAGACAACGCCCUGUUCCACAUUGAGAUGUCCAUCAUUGGGAUCCAAAUCCCAGACAGAACACCAGCACGGGAGGACAACCGUGCAUACGGACUUCUACAGAGGCACCGGCGCUGCGAUGCCGUCGUGUGCUUUUACCACGGAGGCAGGGAGCUGGCAGAAGAAGAGGGGCCCUGGCAGCUGAUCCUGUGCAGCUCCUGUGGAGCGGAGAGCACCCACCGACAGUGCUCCCACUCAAGCAUCAGAAUGAACAUGUGGGACUGUGACAGAUGUGCUGGCCUGGGUACCGCCUCCAGCGCCAUCUCGGAGCUCGCGGCACUCAGCACUGCCAGACAGGAGAGCCUGGAGCCAUCCCACAGCCCCCAGGAGCCUGAGGACAGCUGCUCCAGCCCCAACAGCCAGGCAGCGUCCGGGCCCUCAUACAGGUCCCAGCUGCCGGAGCUCCGCUGCCAGACCAGUGAGCUGGGGACAAUCUGCUCCCAUAUUCCUGACCAGCAGGGUACAGUGGAGCAGCACCAAGCACAGCAUGGGAGCAGCCAUACACCCACCCCAGCCAUUGAAAACUGCUCCCGCAUCUCCAGCAGACGGGGCAGAUCGGGAUCCUCCAGAGCAGCCACAGCAGCUGCACGCAGGAGGCGUCCCAGGCAGCGGAGAACAAGCAGCACACGAAGCCGCUCCCCGCUGCAAGGUCGGGCCCCAGGAUCCCAGAGCCGGACCAGAAGACCUCGAGGCAGCCGGCAAACACCAUCUCCAGCUGCUCAGAGGAGAACCCGCAGCACCACCAGAGCGGCAACGCAGAGGUCCUUGAGGGCUCCCCUGCGUUCACACACUGCGGAGUGGCCCAGGCAGCCAGGGCAGGCCCGCUCGCAAGGCCGUUCCUCAGUGGCACAACGAGCCCCAAAUGUCCGCAGCCGGCUCAGAGGAGGCUGCAGGAGAAAGCCCCAACAGCAGUGGCUAUGAAGUGACUCCCGGGUCUAACAUCGAAGACAACAUCCCCCCCCAUAAGCCCCAAAAAACAUGGCGUGUUCCAACAGUGGGGGCUAUCCCGGGCAAGAAGUCACUCCUGGAUCCAACACCAAUGUCAACAUCCCCGCCCCUCCCCUCCUCCCCAAACAGCCAGCCCCAAAAAUUAUAUCAUGGAAGCUGUUCCAACAGUGCGGUCUAUCCAGGCAUGUUGUCACUCCUGGGUCCAACAUCGAUCCAACAUCUGCCGAUCCCCCUCACCCCCAGCAAUCAUCCCAGAAACAGAUGACGUGGAAGCAGUUCCAACAGGGGGGUUAUCCCAGGCAUGAAGUCACUCCUGGGUCUAAGAUUGGAGCCAACAUCCGCUCCUCUGCACAAUUAGCCUGAAAAUAGACGGCAUGGAAACAGCCGUGGGCCAGUACCAUGUGCUGGCUCUAGUCCCAAGUGUCCAACACAAUAAACCCUACCAUCCCACACACA